AUGGCCGCCCAGUGCGUGACGAAGGUGGAGCUGAACGUGUCCUGUAACAACCUUCUGGACUCAGACAUUGGGUCCAAGUCAGACCCUCUGUGCGUGCUGUUUCUGAACUCGAGCGGACAGCAGUGGUAUGAGGCGGAUCGCACCGAGAGGAUUAAGAACUGCCUGAACCCCACGUUCUCCAAGACCUUCAUCAUUGACUACUACUUCGAGGUGGUGCAGAAACUGAAGUUUGGGGUCUAUGACAUCGACAACAAGACCAUCGAGCUGGGCGACGAUGACUUCCUGGGAGAGUGUGAAUGCACCCUGGGACAGAUCGUGUCCAGUAAGAAGCUGACGCGCCCGCUGAUGCUGAGGAACGGCAAGCCCGCGGGGAAGGGCAGCAUCACGAUUUCCGCUGAAGAAAUAAAGGAUAAUAGAGUGGUCUUGUUUGAAAUGGAAGCAAGAAAACUGGACAACAAGGACCUGUUUGGCAAGUCCGACCCUUACUUGGAGUUCCACAAGCAGACGUCGGACGGAACCUGGCUGCUGGUGCACCGAACAGAGGUCAUUAAAAACAACCUGAAUCCUGUGUGGAGGCCUUUUAAAAUCUCUCUGAACUCCCUGUGCUACGGAGAUAUGGAUAAGACUAUUAAGGUGGAGUGCUACGACUAUGACAGCGACGGCUCCCACGACCUCAUCGGGGCGUUCCAGACCACCAUGACGCAGCUGGAGGCGGCCUCCCGGAGCUCGCCCGUGGAGUUUGAGUGCAUCAACGAGAAAAAGAGGCAGAAGAAGAAAAGUUACAAGAACUCCGGCAUCGUCAGCGUGAAGCAGUGUGAGAUCAUAGUGGAGUGCACCUUCCUGGACUACAUCAUGGGCGGAUGCCAGCUGAACUUCACCGUGGGGGUGGACUUCACCGGCUCCAAUGGGGACCCGCGUUCCCCCGACUCCCUUCAUUACAUCAGCCCCAACGGCGUGAACGAGUACCUGACCGCCAUCUGGUCCGUGGGGGUGGUCGUUCAAGACUACGACGCGGAUAAGAUGUUCCCCGCGUUUGGGUUUGGAGCUCAGAUUCCGCCUCAGUGGCAGGUGUCGCACGAAUUCCCCAUGAACUUCAGCCCGGCCAACCCCUACUGCAAAGGGAUCCAGGGCAUCGUGGAGGCCUAUCGGGCCUGCCUGCCUCAGAUAAAGCUCUACGGACCGACAAAUUUCUCCCCGAUCAUCAACCACGUGGCCAGGUUUGCUGCUGCAGCCACACAGCAGCAGACGGCUUCUCAAUAUUUUGUGCUCCUGAUCAUCACCGACGGCGUGAUCACUGACCUGGACGAGACCAGGCAGGCCAUCGUCAAUGCCUCCAAGCUGCCCAUGUCCAUCAUCAUCGUCGGAGUGGGCGGCGCCGACUUCAGCGCCAUGGAGUUCCUGGACAGCGACAGCGGCGCCCUGCGCGCCCCAUCGGGGGAGGUGGCCACGAGGGACAUCGUGCAGUUUGUGCCUUUCAGACAGUUCCAGAACGCUCCCAAGGAGGCGCUGGCCCAGUGUGUCCUGGCCGAGAUCCCCCAGCAGGUGGUGGGCUACUUCAACACCUACAAGCUGCUCCCCCCCAAGAACCCCGCGCCCUCCAAGUGA